GUCCCUGACCACCCGCCUUUGGAUAAUCCGCCGUCGGACAAUCCGCCGCUGGAUUGUCGACCGUUGGAGGUGGCGUCUGUCGCAAGUGAUGGGUCGGAUCUGUCGUCUAUCGCAGAUGACGACUUUAUGUCUCAUGUUGUAACGGUCAUGAAGGCGCUGGAUGAUCAGGAUCCAGGCGUAUCAGACAUUACAACAGCGGAUCUGCCCCUGGUCGAGGAUCCGGCCAAAAGGGACGAGGAUUCGGCAGCUGUUCUGAAAGAUCAACCGAACACAUCGGAUCUGGAACUUACUUGGGACGAGGAUCAGGAUUACGACGAAUAUGUGUAUUACCACGAAGGCAGCGAUCUCUACGCUGAAGAUGUCGACGGACAGCUAGCGGUACUGCCUGAAGUCCCAGCAACGACGGAAGAUGUGAGGAUCGAGGAUAUCCAAUUGUGCGGAUCCGACAAUCAGACGUCUGAAGAGAUCGACCGACUCCGCCAGCGGAUCUGGAAGUUCAGACAUCUCCUGAUCGGCAAAGGAAAUGCGCUUCCACCAGCGGCCCAAGGGGUUGUGUGUGAUAUAGAUGUGGGAGGAGCUCGGCCGAUCGCGCUUAAGUGUCGAAAACUGCGGAUCCAGUUCCGGGAGAAAUUGGCAGAGCUGAUCAACGGUCUCCUUCUUACGCAGCUGAUGGUUUACCCGAUGCCGCAGAUCAACGAUCUACUGGAGGAUCUCGAGUCUACGCUAUGGUAUUGCUCACUGGAUAUGGCGAUCGGAUUCUGGGUGGCGAAGAUGACGGAUCGGGCCCGCCUGAUCUCGGUCUUUAUUACCCCAUUUGGGCUUUUCGAGUGGAAUCGGAUGCCUUUGGGGCUGAAGAAUGCGCCGCAGAUCUACCAGCGGAUGAUCGACAAUGCUCUGUAUGGAUUCACUCGGAUUCCGAAAAUGGCAGGUGAUUUGGAACGUCUAGAUGUAUUCGAAGAUGGAGAACCUGAGGAUCCGGGAAAGCCAUCGGUGUUAGGACGCAGAUCCUACAUCGACGACAUCUUAGUGCCAGCGGAUAAUUGGGAUCAGUUAUGCGACCGAGUUGAAGAUCUACUGGAGGCGUGCGACAAAUGGAACUUGUCGAUCAGCGUUGUCAAGAGUUUUUGGGGCAUGCCCAAGGUGGAAUAUCUCGGUCACAAGGUAUCGCACAAUGGACUGGAGGCAAUCCGAAGGAUCUCGAUUUACGCGUCUGUGCUGUAUGAGUUGAGGGAGAUCGAUUAUACUGCGAUGGAGAUGGGCAUGAAUCGAAGCCAGAUCCAGCUAGCACUAGCAUCGGAAUCCCCGGAUCCAGGCAUGUUGACCAAGGAUCCGGCAAGUCCGCAACCUUCGGAUCCCGAACUUAGCGAUCAAGAUCCGAAUUUAGGGUCACAGGGUCAGACGCCUGAUUGUGUGGAGGCGUCGAGCCCCGAGAAGGACUAUCUUGCGGAUCUGGAUCCCCGGUGGAUCCAUGCUCACAGAUCCUUCAAGGUGCUAAAAGAGAAGAUCGCGUAA